AUGUCGUCGGCAAAGGCCACCAAGAAGAGCGCGUUCUCCUGCGAGCCGUGUCGCAGGCGCAAGGUCAAGUGCGGCGGCGAACAGCCCAUGUGCCAACGCUGCGCUGCUCGUAACGAUGAAUGCGUGUAUAAACUGAACCCGACGCUGUCGUAUACGCAGAGGCUGGAAGACCGCAUUAAGGAUCUGGAGGAACAGCUUGCAAAGGCGACGGCAGCAACACCACCGGCGGCGGCCAGCGACAGCAAAUCUCCCGCGUCAAGUCACUCAAGCCCAUCGGCUCAGCAAGACCCCCGGCAGCAGAUUGACGACAGCAUAGCCCGAAGUUUCCGAGGACUCAAGAUAGACGACAAGGGCGGCAUCACCUACCAUGGAACGACCAGCUUCUUCAACCUCCCCAGUGAUCACAGCUCUGCCGCCGUGGCAGUCGACUUACACGCCUCUGCUACCGAAGUCGAAACUCAACGGAGAGAGCGCCUUGUCUCAAACGCAUGGCAGCAACGUGUCUUGGAGGAGCAUUCUGGAAUUCCCGAACCGUUCCAAACACUUCUCAAUGUCCACUGGUGCUGGAUACAACCCCUCUUCAACUUCAUCUACCGACCUGCCUUUACUCGCGAUAUGCAAUCCCUGGGUCCAUAUUACUCCCAUACGCUCCUCAACGCUGUUCUCUCACAUUCAAUCCGAUGGGCAAAGAGCGAUCCAAAUACAAAGCGCAUUCUGGAUGAGUCGUACGACGGAGGUGCUGUGUUUGACCACCUGGGAAUACAUGUCGACGGAGAACGGUAUCCUGGCUCGGUCCAUUUCAGCGACGAAGAAGUGGAAAUCCGACAUCGAGUCUUUUGGUCGUGCUAUUUCUGGGACAAAAUCAUCAGUCUCUAUCUCGGUCGUUCACCAUCGUUAAAGCACACUACCGUAUCUCCACCUCAGAUCAUGUUCGAUGACUCUGCUGAGAACGAGCUGUGGGUUCCGUUUGGCGCACCUCCACUUCAAACUGCACCUUGGAAGUAUCCACCAUCCACCGCUCACUCAGCCUCGUGCUUCCUGAGCAUGUGUCGGCUAUCAGUCAUCUUCAACGAGAUCUUGAUUCACAUGUACGACCCACUCAUGCAGAAUACGGAAUCCGAAGUGCAGGAGUGCUUGAUUGCCCAAGAGCCGGCUUUGCAGCAAUGGUGGGACGAGUUGGCCCCGUAUCUGAAGCUGGAGCCCAUGGCCUUGCCCAAUCUGGCCCCACCAUCUCAUAUUGUCACCACAAAUUGUCUCUAUCAUACGUUUAAGAUCCUUCUUUACCGCCCGAUGCUCACUCGCAGAAAACUGGAAGAUGACGUUGCGUCACAUAAGCGCUACCUUGUCGAAUGUGUAACCUCCGCCACCGCCAUCAUAGCCAUCUUUGAUCUUUUUUGCCGAACGUUCACGAUGAACUACUGUGUGCUGUCGCUGGCGUACAGUGUCUACAUUGCUUCAUCAAUAUUCUUACUCCAGGUCCAAGCGGCCCCAGAUGAUGGGCAAGCCCUUGAGCGCCUAAACUACUGUAUCGAAGCUUUGAAGCAAGUCAGGACGUUUAGCCCUGUCAUCGGAAGCGCCAUAAACCUAUUGAACAAGGAGCUUUCAGCGGUCGGUAUCUCGUUAGACGUGCAAGACCACUACCAACCACCCCCACCUCCUGCUGCCACCGAAUUUCCUCAAGGAAGUCCAGUGUAUCAGGCUACAGAGGUGCCCUCUUCGCAACCGCAGGCUGCUCAUCCGCUAUUUCAUGUUCCUUCAACUCACAGCUACGGUACCCAUACCAUGUCCAUGGAUCCAGGAAUCUUUGAGGCAAUGUCAUCUUUAGAGCCACUCAGCGUCAGAGUCGGUGCUCUUCCCAAUACCGAUCCGCAAAAUCCAUUUUAG